CAGAUGCCAAGUACAGCCAGCGCAAGCCGGUUUGGCUGAUGUGUGUGUUUGAAUUUUCUUCAGUCUCGCGGCGCGGGCGGUCAUCUGUCUGCAGUGUCAGGCACAUCCACCAGUGCAAGCAGGCGUUACUCGUUUUGGCUGAUGUGUGUGUUUCGCUGCUAGGUAGAAUCUACUUUUUAAACAUUGAUUCGCCACUGUCAAGAAGAUAACCCGCAGGAGGACAGGACAAGACCGGUCAGGAGUGCCAGACCAGCUCAGACCUUGAAUGCGUUGCUAGAGAAGAGAUGACUCCCAUUUGAGUUUCUGUUGUUCAGGCAAAUGACCGAUUUAACGACUUUUUAUUUUAUACUGUGUAUCCCGAUACUUUUCAAAAAUUCCGCCUAAAAAGAGACUUCGAUUUACCCAAAGGGUUGGGCCUUUUUCACACGUCCUUCUCUGCUACCUGGACGUCAUAGGGGCAGCUCUCAACCACGCACAGGUUGACUUCAAUGCCGAGCCACCUUGGGAUCCUAGCUGAUAUUGGGCGAAAUUAAUCUCCUGGCUUGUCACUUUUGCUGCAUACCAAGGACCCCAUGGGCUCAGAGCACACUUCUCUCAGGUGAUUUACCGUUGUAUGACUCCGGAAGAGCACUACGGGUCAACAUGAAGGGACUUGUGGAGGAAGUGCACUACAGUGUGGACCUCCUGGAGGGAGGGACUGCUCUCUCUGAUGUCAUCGAUAACCACAUUUACCAACAGACUCUGAGCCAGAAGAAUGCCUUCUUCGUGGCAGACCUGGGCGUCAUUCUCUCUCAGCAUGGCCGCUGGCGAACCUGCAUGAGUGAAGUGCGGCCCUUCUACCCCGUCAGGUGCAACAGCAGCUCGGCCGUCGUUGAGCUCCUGGCUGCCCUCGGCUGUGGCUUCAUCUGCUCCAACAAGUGUGAGCUGGAGCUAGUGAAGGGCUUUGGCAUCUCUUCCGAGGACAUUAUCCUCGGCGGAGGGUGCAAGCAGCUCUCCCUCAUCAAGUAUGCUGCCAAAAACAACGUCAACCUUCUGCUGUGUGACAACGAGGCAGAACUGCGCAAGAUUUCCCGGUGCCACCCCAAAGCAAGGUUGGUGCUGCAGGUGGCCGUGGCCGCGGCCGCGAGUUCCGAAGGGGAAGAGGUUUCCAUAGAGAUAGGCUCCACCCUUAAGGACUGCCGGCACCUGCUGGAGGUGGCCAAGGAGCUCAAGCUGCAGGUGGUGGGCGCCAAGUUCCAUGUGCCCAGUGGUUGUCAGGACCCAGAAGUUUAUGUUCAUGCUGUCUCUGAUGCCCGCUGCGUGUUUGACAUGGGAGAGGAGCUCGGUUUCCACAUGAGCAUUUUGGACGUUGGAGGAGGCUUCAAUGGUUCUGACAAUCAGUUGGAAAAGGUACACGGAGCCCUGAGGCCCAUGUUGGACAAGUAUUUCCCUCCGUCGUGUGGCGUCUCACUCCUGGCUGAACCCGGCAGCUACUACGUCUCUUCUGCCUUCACGCUGGCCGUGAACAUCAUUGCUAAGAAAGUAGUGGCACGGGAUCGCCCUGAGGAACCGCAUGAUUCUGUGUGCGGCAGUGAUGAGCCAGAGUUCCUGUACUACAUGAAUGAUGGGGUGUACGGAUCGUUCGCAUACAAGCUUUUAGAAGGCUCCAUCCCAGCCCCUGCUGUGCAUAAGGCGGUGUCUCCUGAAGAGCCCCUGUUUUCCAGCAGCCUGUGGGGGCCGUCCAUGGAUGGUCUGGACCAGGUGGUGGAGAGCUGCCUGCUGCCCGAGCUGAGCAUCGGGGACUGGCUGCUCUUCAGCAACACCGGGGACAACAGCCUGGGAGGAGCCUCCGACGAACUCAAACCGCCCGUCUACUACAUGAUCUCUGCUAGCGACUGGUACGAGAUGCAGGACUUGGGCGUUAGUCUGGACACGUCCAUGAAGAAUUUCUCCCUGGUGCCCUGCAGUUUACCGUCUGCAGCUCAUACCCCCACCGCGGUCUCCACUCCGGCCUGACACAAGAUGGCCGCCAGCUCAGACGGACUUUGUGUAAAGUAGAGCUGAUGUAUGUGGUUGACAUUCCAGAGGCGAGCAAAAAGAAGCAGCCUGGUUCUCAGGUUUCAGAGACUGACUGAUGACAAGACGCGAUGGUAUGCGUUUCUAUUAAAGAGUGAAUCGGAACAAGA